UGCACCAGAAACUCUCGGAGACCGAAACACCGGCGAAAUGUUUCAUGUUUAUAAACGUUGUUUGAUUGAUCAUUACAUGUUUGCUUUAUAAUGUGGUUAUUUCGCGUGCUCGCCUCGCACCGGUGGCAAUCGCAGAGUGGCAUUGAUCGCAGUGUUUCGCUGUCAUUGUAUUUUAGCGGAGGUUUUAAAUGACCCGCAUUGACGGCCCCUUUUAGCCACUGCAGGCGGUUUAUAAGCCAAGGCGCAAAAUUACUGGCGCCAGCUCAGAGCGAGCUGACUGCGGAACACAUCCCAGCACAGCCAUAUGCCGCCUACAUACACACAAAUAGGUCAGUUUUACCUAAUAAUGCCUGUUUAAAACCAUCCUAUCUCUUGCAUCCGAGGAUAUCCGUGGAGAGGAGUAAUUUUCAGAGGGCAUCAUAUUAAGGGACACCCGUGUUGAUAUCAUGCCAAGCAAGAAAGUGUUACAAACAGAACAGGUCAGCAAUACAGAUGAAGCUCCUAAAGUCGUUUCAGUUCGCUCCAGGAAGAGGAAAGCAGACGUGGCCAUUCACUUGCAAGAUCCAGAUGAGGAGGUCUCAGAGAUGACCAGAAAGAAACCAUGUGCAUCUCAGGCCUGCUGGAAUCCUGACAAAGGUUACACAAGUCCAUGCAGGCGGAUCCCCACACCUGAUGAAGUUGAGGAACCGGUUGCUGUUGGCAGCAUGGGAUUUACACAGUACACCUCAGAAAACAUUUUCGUAACUCCCACACGCUCUACCCCUCUGCCUGCCCUCUGCUGGGCGAGCAAAGAUGACGUGUGGAACAACCUGCUAAGAAAAGAGAAACUUUACCUGCGAGAUACACAUGUUAUGAAGAGACAUCCAAAUCUUCAACCCAAAAUGAGAGCUGUUCUACUAGAUUGGCUAAUGGAGGUUUGUGAGGUGUAUAAGUUACACAGAGAAACAUUUUACUUGAGUCAGGAUUACUUUGAUCGUUUCAUGGCCACACAAGAGAAUGUUCUUAAAACAACACUACAGCUUAUUGGCAUCACCUGUCUCUUCAUUGCAGCCAAAAUGGAGGAAAUUUACCCUCCCAAGGUGCACCAAUUUGCUUAUGUCAGUGAUGGAGCCUGCACGGAGGAUGACAUUCUUAGCAUGGAGAUCAUCAUCAUGAAGGAGUUGAAUUGGAAUUUGAGCCCUUUAACCUCAGUGGCUUGGCUCAACAUCUACAUGCAGAUGGCCUAUCUGAAGGAGAAUACUGAAGUUCUUAUGGCCCAGUACCCACAGGCUAUGUUUGUACAGAUUGCAGAGCUCUUGGAUCUGUGUAUACUGGAUGUAAAAAGUCUAGAGUUCUCCUACAGCCUUCUUGCAGCUUCUGCACUCUUCCACUUCUCUUCUCUGGAACUAGUGAUAAAAGUGUCAGGGCUAAAAUGGUGCGAUUUGGAGGAGUGUGUAAGAUGGAUGGUUCCUUUCGCCAUGUCAAUCCGUGAGGCGGGUAGCUCAACCCUCAAGACAUUCAAAGGAAUAGCAGCAGAUGACAUGCACAAUAUCCAGACUCAUGUGCCUUACUUGGAAUGGCUGGGAAGGGUGCACUCCUAUCAGCUAGUGGACAUUGAGAGCAGUCGGAGGUCUCCAGUUCCAUCUGGAGUGCUCACUCCACCACCCAGCAGUGAGAAGCCUGAGAGCGCAGUCUCUUGACUUCCUUUCAUAUAUGGAAUAGGACACAGCCCUGACUGAUGAAUUAAAUUGAAACGCAACAAAAUGAUGGCAUUACAGGACAAACCUAAGCAUUGAUUCACUGACACGAAACCAAAAAUGUCAUGUUUAUUUUCAUGUGAGACUUGAAAGACAUACUUUUGUUGUAUUAAUGGCCCAAAGUUGUUUUAAUAUAUAUUAGAAUUGGUUUACAAAUGUAGACUACCUGCCAAAAUCUCAGAGCUGCUGCUGGCUCUGAUUGCUGCUAAAAGAGGGUGGGACUGGAGCAGAUGGGACGAUGACCACAGAGAUCCUUACACAAAUAUGUGCAUGGGUUUUUGGGGCUCAGGUUGCCAUUUGGACCAGCAAAAUCCUGACAGGUUGUCAUGGGGACUCAAGGAUCCAACGCCAGGAAGGACCAGAGAAAUCACCAGCUUCAGAAGCUAGGACUUUUCUCUGGUUGCCUCCCUGAGUGUGUUUUUAACCAAAUUUGAUUAUUGCCCUUUUUAAAGGUUGUUUUUAAAUGAGAUGCUGCUACAUUUCUUUAUAUCAUAUGUCUAAAUAAAGCCACUGUCUCAGACAGUUUCUAAGUUUACCACGCUAGUUUGUUUCUUAAGGUGAUGUGUAAUUGACUGCUAAACAUGAAUGCAUUUGCUGUAUGAGAUUUUCUUGUCACUGAGAUACAAUAUAUAUAUCUAUCUGUGUCCCUUUUCUAAUGGGCUUUUUUUUAAGAGCAAUGCUUUGCAUUACAUUUGACAAAUUUUGCAAUGAAAUGAGGAAAGAAUCAAAUAAAUGAAUACAUAGUUUGUUGUCUUAAGCAUUUUUGCUAUCAGUCUAGCCAACAUUUAACUUUCAUUUUACUAACUAUACAUCCAAAGUGUACAGAUUUUAAACACAAAAAAUCAAGUGUUUGUAAUUGGACAUGCACAGAAGCAGCCCAUUUUGGUGUUUAGAGGAACUGAAAUA